AUGAGUUCGUAUGAAGUUCUUGACGUGGCUUUCAAUAUAAAACUAUACAAAAUAUUACGUUUUUAUGAUAUAUUUGAUCCAAAAAGUACAAAGAUUUUCGGUUAUAAUUAUUAUCGUUGUACUGGAAUUAUAAUUACUAUAUUAACCCAAUCAUACAUAUUAUUUGGACUGACGGGAUUUUUAAUACCGAUGGAAGAUUCAAUAAAUUAUAUAGAGCAAUCUAUGUUAAUUUUUGUCAAUUCAAUGAAUUUUCUCACUGUAAUAAAAAUAUGUGUAUUUGUAAAUAAAGCAAAUAACACUUGGGAUUUAUUUGAUGUAACACGCAUAAAUUUUCUGAAAAGUGAACAAUGUUGUAAAUACAGAUAUAAAAUACUAGAAAAAGUUCGUAACAAAUCGAUAAGACUUACAAAUUUUAUUGUUGUAUUUGCAAUAAUCUCAUUGACUAUUUGGAUAAUAUAUCCACUAGUUAUACAUUUCUAUUUGACGACAAAUGGUCAAAACAAUCAUCAGCGCUAUCAAAGUGUUCUUUAUUUGCGGUACCCGGUGACUAAAAAUACUUACAAUCAAUAUUAUUUUGUUUUUUACACAAUCGAAGCGAUAUUGGCAUUUGGUAUACUAUAUUAUUCGAUAUUAAUUGAUACUGUUUUAGUAUCUUUGUGUUGGAUUUUCAUAGCUCAAUAUGAAAUACUUUCGGAGGCAUUUGGAAACAUUAAAUACGAUGACAAAAAAAAAGAUGGUUCCAUUAAAGCAUAUAAUGAUUUUUUGUCAGUAUUAAGUGAUCAAAGAAGACUUAAUUUAAAACUUAAACUAUAUUAUUCUAUAGUAUGGUAUGUGGUCUUAACAUAUGUUGUAUUUUGUUCAUGCUCAAUCAUAACAUUGACUUAUUCAUUUAUUACGACAUGUAUCUCGACGAACGAAUCUUUACCAGUUUUCUUCACAAUUAGAAUCAUUACACCAUUUAUAAUGCUCAUAUCUCAAUUAUUUUUAUAUUGCUAUUUUUUUGGACUUAUAAACCUGAAGAAAGAAUCAGUCAUUUAUGGAAUGUAUUCUUGUGAUUGGACAUCGAUGGAUUUAAAAUUUAAAAAGUUAUUACUUUUAUCAAUGCGGAUGAAUGGUGCUGAUAAAUUAAUGCUUAAAGCUACACCAACUAAAAUUAUUAAUUUAGAAUUUUUUGUUAAAGUGAUGAUAACAACCUACAACAUUGUGUCUGUAAUGCUGAAUACAUUAAAUUCGAAAACAUGAUUCAAGUAGCAAUAAAAAAAAAUAGCACUUUUAAAGUCUUUGCUCAAUUGAUUGUAGUCAUUGUUGAGUUACAA